UUUCAAAUGAAUAAACUGACUGUAUCACUUUCAACUGUUUCCAUCUUUUACACAACCUGAUGAUGCUUUUUGUCUUCAUUUCCAUUUUUCUCUCCACAGCUGCAGCAGUUCAGAUCAUUUCACCAUCAGAGCCACAGAGCAGAGAAGAGUUUCUGAAAUAUUUCUGUUAUCUGACUCUGGAUCCCAACACGACACAUCCUAACCUCAUUCUGUCUGAGAAGAACAGAGUGGUGAGAGUCAGUGAGAGAGAGCAGCAGUACUCUGAUCAUCCAGAGAGAUUUGACACCUGGGAACAGGCAUUGAGCAAAGAGAACUUGUUACUGGGAGAACGCUGUUACUGGGAGGUGGAAUGGAGCAGUGAGUUUGGUGGUGUGUUUAUAUCAGUCUCAUAUAAAAACAUCAGAAGAAAAGGACGGGGAAAUGAGUGUGGGUUUGGACGCAACAAUCAGUCCUGGAGUCUGUGGUGUUCUUCUUCUUCUCUUUCUUUCUAUCACAACAAAUUUAAGACUGAUCUCAGAGUUCCAUCAUCCUCCAGAAUAGGAGUUUAUGUGGAUCACAGUGCAGGAACUCUGUCCUUCUACAGCGUCUCUGACACCAUGAAGCUCCUCCACAGAGUCCACACCACAUUCACUCAGCCUCUAUAUGCUGGAUUCUGGAUCUACUGCUUGGCUGGUUCUACAUCUGUGACAUUGUGUGAUCCAGAAUAA